UCUUCUUCUGCCCCCAGUUCAGCCUCAGUGCCAUGGAUGAGAGCAACAGGACCCUCUCUGGGGACUUCACCCUGGCAGGCCUCUUCCCUCACAGCAGUGCCGCUGGGCUCCUGUUCAGCAUCAUCUGUGCCAUCUUCUUCUCGGCCAUGCUGGCCAAUGGGGUCAUGGUCUUCCUGAUCCACGUGGACCCCCAGCUCCACACCCCCAUGUACUUCCUGCUCAGCCACCUGUCUGUCCUUGACAUGAUGUACAUCUGUACCAUCGUGCCCAAGAUGCUGGUGGACCACCUUGGGCCGGGCACCAUCUCCUUCGUGUCCUGUACGGCCCAGUACUUGUACAUGGGCUUCGUGGGGGCCGAGUUCUUCCUCCUGGGGCUCAUGGCCUAUGACCGCUACGUGGCCAUCUGCAACCCACUAAGAUACCCUGUCCUCAUGAGCCGCCGGGUCUGCUGGCUCAUCCUGGCCAGCUCAUGGUCUGGUGGGGCUCUGGACAGCUUCCUCCUCACGCCCCUCACCAUGAGGCUCCCAUUCUGUGCCUCGCACAAGAUCAACCACUUCUGUGAGGCGCCCACCAUGCUGAGGCUGGCCUGCGGGGACAAAGCCGCCUAUGAGAUGGUGAUGUACGUGUGCUGCGUCGCGAUGCUGCUGCUCCCCUUCUCCGUGGUGGUAGCAUCCUAUGCCCGGAUCCUGCUCACUGUGCGCCGGCUCAGCUCCAUGGAGGGCCAGAGGAAGGCCUUGGGCACCUGCACUUCACACCUGGUGGUGGUGACGCUCUUCUAUGGGGCCGCCCUGUACACGUAUAUGCUGCCACCAUCUUACCACACCCCAGCACAGGACAAGGUCUUCUCCGCCUUCUACACCAUCCUCACCCCCCUGUUAAACCCACUCAUCUAUAGUCUGCGCAACAGGGACGUGGCAGGGGCCUUCAAGAGGGUUGUGGCAAGACACCGAGGGCCUGUGGUGUUGCAAAGAAAGAAUUCUAGAACUGCACCUGUUCCACAGCUCAUUCUAGUACAGCGCCACUGGUGCUGCGGCAGCUACCACACCAGAUGUGUCAAAGCAGGCUCAGCCGUGCUUCCAUUUUGGCUUCCACACUCAAGCAGUGCCAGAGCCCUGCACACACGACUUGGCUUUGUUCCUCCUUUGUUUCCACUGGUUCCAAUUCUUCUUUCAUCAGCUCUGAUCGCAUUUCGUGGUUACCACUGUCCCUAA